CUCAACCGGGCGUUGCAGUCGUACGAUUGGUUCAUACCACAAUACUGAAUCGUAUCAUUUCAAUCGUUGAACCGGUUUAUUCGCGUCAUAGCCGCCCGCGCGCGUAUAAAAGACGAAUGUUCAGCUUACGCCUGGCCACAUCAUCCCCUCGUUCCUCCUCCCGCAAACUACUUUCUCUUGCCCGCACCAUGUCCACCGAAGUUGUCAUCGUCGCCGCGUCCCGCACGCCAGUCGGCUCCCUCAACGGCGUUCUCAAGACCCUGACCGCACCGCAACUCGGCGCCAUCGCCCUCAAGCAUGCUUUCGAGACUUCAAAGGUCGACCCCUCUGUCGUUCAGGAGGUCUACUUUGGAAACGUCGUCCAGGCUGGUGUCGGUCAGUCUCCCGCCCGUCAGGUCGCCCUCGCUUCUGGCUUGAAGACCACCUCCGAUGCGACCACAAUCAACAAGGUCUGCGCUAGCGGUAUGAAAUCGAUCAUGCUUGCCGCCCAGACCAUUUCUACUGGCUACAAGGACGUCGUUGUCGCAGGUGGUAUGGAGAGCAUGAGCAACGCUCCUUUCCUCCUCCCCCGCCAGAACCCCUUGUACGGCAAAUUCCAGACCAAGGACUCCGUCGAGUCUGACGGUCUCUGGGAUGUUUACAACAACUUCGCUAUGGGCAACUGUGGCGAGCACACCGCUGAGAAGCAUGGCAUUACCCGCGAGGCCAUGGAUGCCCACGCUAUUGAGUCGUACAAGCGUGCCGACCGUGCAUGGAAGGCUGGCGCUUUCGAUGCUGAGAUCGCACCCGUCACCAUCAAGGGCAAGAAGGGCGACACCAUCGUAAAGGAGGAUGAGGAGUACAAGAAGGUCAUCUUCGAGAAGAUCCCUACCCUUGCCACCAGCUUCAAGAAGGGUGGUACCAUCACCGCUGCGAACUCAUCUAACCUGAACGACGGUGCAUCCGCUCUUAUCCUCAUGUCUGCAGAGAAGGCGAAGGAGCUCGGCAUCAAGCCUUUGGCCAAGGUCGUCUCUUACGCCGAUGCUGGUGUCGACCCAAUCGACUUCCCCGAGGCACCUACACACGCCCUUCCCAUUGCCCUCAAGCGCGCUGGCCUCUCUGUAGAGGACAUCGCACAGUGGGAGAUCAACGAGGCCUUCUCCGUCGUCGUUCGGGUAGCAGAGAAGGUUCUCCAGAUUGAUCCAGCGAAGAUCAAUGUCAACGGUGGUGCUGUCGCUCUCGGUCAUGCUAUCGGAAACUCCGGUUCUCGUAUCAUCGUCUCCCUCGUUCACUCACUGAAGUCUGGCGAGUACGGUGCUGCCGGUAUCUGCAACGGGGGUGGUGCCGCGUCUGCUGUCGUUAUCCAGAAGCUGUAAAAUAAGGAGAAGCUCACUACUGUAUUUUUCGCUGUCGUCCGUCCUGUUCUUAUAGAGCUCAUACACCGGAAUAUUUAAUGCUUUGCAUGGUCUAAUUGCCAUUUUCUGCACG